AUGCACGCAGUGAUGUCGAAUCAAGUGCUCAAGCGCAUUCCACACGACGCGUCUCUAGAGCAGAUCGUAGCAGGUGUAGCCAGCGGUUUUAUUGUCUUGUUCGUAAUUGUAGCAUUCACUAUCUACCUUAUCUUUGGUUCCAUUGCAUCUGGCCUUGCUAUCGUCCUACUGCUUAGUUUAGGGCUCCGUUGGCUUUAUUGGAAUGGUGUAGGUGUCAUGGGCUGGAAAAGUCUUUGGCUGCGAAAUUCCAAUAUGAUAAUGAAUUCCUUAUCUAGUAACCCGCAGCAAAAGGGGACACUUCGUGUGGUUUGCAUCUCCGACACCCACUCGAAGCACCGGAAGCUCACGAACAUUCCAGCUGGUGACGUCCUGUUGCAUUGUGGUGACAUGACGAAUCGAGGGAGACACGAUGAGAUUCGUGACUUUAACGACUGGCUUGAGCUUUUGCCACACAAACACAAGGUAGUUAUUGCAGGAAAUCACGAUGUCUGCAUGGACGCAGUCGAAUACAAUCAGCAAUGGAACAUGGCGUUUCGUCACAAGGAAUACAAUGAUCCUAGUUUAUCCAGAAAUUUGCUCACGAAUUGCACGUACUUGGAGAAUCGGUCGGUUGUGAUUGAGGGUAUUAAGAUUUAUGGGUCUCCAAUGACUCCAUCCAUUCCUGGACGAGCGGGAGCGUUCAAUGUAGCGCGAGGCUAUGCCGACAAGCAGCAUUGGGCCAAGGUUCCAUCGGAUGUUGAUAUAUUGAUGACACACGGUCCACCGUACGGUAUCUUGGAUACGACGUUCUCGGGGCUACAUGUUGGCAGCGAGGGGCUGCUGAAAGAGACGAUGACUCGAAUUCGACCGCGUUUUCAUAUUUUUGGACACAUUCAUGAAGCUUACGGAGCUACUCGUGUGGGAACUACCGUCUUUAUCAAUGCCGCUAGUAAUACGUUACUCGCCAAGCCAUGUCAUCCGCCUGUUGUGUUGGACAUUCCACUCAAACGUUCUCAACAAUAG